CACGUUGUGUACCGAUCAGCUCAUAACAACGUUUGUUUCAUCGGCAAAGCGAGCCAGAGCCAGUAAGCCAGUCUAAUAAUGUCUGCAGUCAGUUGGUGACUGACGACUUGGGUGAAGUGGGUGAUAACGGCAGUGUUCGAUAACGAAAGGCCGAAGUUCCUCGAAGACCAAACAAACUCUCUGGUCCAGGAGGGCCGGAGAUGCGAAGAGGGCACGUGGGUGCGACGGUCAUGGUGAUAACGACGAGCCAACAAACAAGAAGUAGUAAUAGUGAUUGUAAUGUGCUUUCAUUAAUGCUGUUGCUAAUCGCUCGGCCAAAUCAAUAAUAGGCGCAUCCGCAACAGAAAGCAUCUUGAGAUACCGGCACUUAGUGGAAGGCCGGGGUGGUGGUAAUUAAGGAAAAGUGGUCACUGAUCUAGUCCUGUCAUACGCUGUUCAUCACACUCAACCAGUUUCGAUACUCAGCAUUAAUAGUAUUCACUUCUCAGUUAGGAUAUAUUUGCGGUGCUUAUUCGAGCUAGAUAAUGUGUAAAGUAACGCAAUCGUGUGCUGUUAGUGACGACUAGCCCGGAAUCAUCUAUCAUUAUUCUUUAUAGUUAUCGCUACUCUUCGUUUGUAUUGUAUUAAUCGACUCUUACCUCUUAAACUCGAGAGUCAGCUAUUCUAACAAGACUGAUCGCAUCGAGAGUAACAAAUUGUGUUCGCCGCGUCGGAUUCAGUGUUUAUGUACGUGUAUGGUGUUUGUUUGUAUCUUUCUGUUCGGGUACGACCCGGCAAUCGUUGCUUCGUGGUCUGAACUCCGUACUAUGGUAAGUCGUUGACUAUGCGAUUGUGUUCAGGGGUGCGUGUUUUCGGACAGCUUACACAGCCCGCUCAUGAAUAGGCUGGUGAUCGACCUUUACAACGCGGACUAUUCGUUAGGUUAGUACUAGAUUUAAAAGCUUCCGUGGGAGCUUGAAAAAAGGCCUGGUCACCGUCUAGUUGGCAGGCAUCGAACACAAGACAAUAACAACGGAUUAUGCACAACUCAGCUGAACCUAGAUACUAAAAGCGGUCGCUGCAGCCAUCUCUGAAGCUCAUUGCACACGGAUGGCAACGGGGACUUAUGGUACACGGAGAUAGGACCGGUAUCGUCGUUUUUGCCGUUGCUACAGUUGCUGCUGCUGUUCUGCUGUCGCAACGCCGCUUGUGGUGAUAUGGUGCGAGUGUAUUAAAUUACUAUGGCCUACCGCCUUGGCCACUACUCUGAAGCCUUAGUUGCUUUGCCGGAAGUCGUUGGGUCAGUAAGUAGCAGCAGCAGCGGCGGCGGCGGCGGCGGCGGCGGCGGCGGCGACGACGACAGCAAUGACAGGAGCAUGAGCGGUGGAACGCUGUGAGCGACGAGCCGUAACGAUAGUUUUCUACAAGUGGGCCCAACCAACUAGCCUGAUGCGGCUUGGGCUUCUUCGGCCUGCCUAGAGUCGGCCUUGCCUCCUUCGGUUAAACAGCACUGAACCUCGUCGGCUGGCUAUCGAAUACUAGUGGAAGCAGUAGUAGCAUUGGCUACCAGUGGCCACCGGCGCGGCUGGAUGGGACCAGGAGGGGACCGGAAACGAAAAGAGGAUCGUUAAGUCAAGAGCCCUCUAAAGGCGAACGUGACAUGGCAUGCAUUUAUUUGCCCCCUAGGGGGCUGACUGUUAUUGGUGCUGUCAAAGCAAGGGACAAAGCUAAGUUCGAGCUCAAGUAAAAAAAGAAAAAAGUGCGAAAGUGAAGGCAAGAAGGCAGAAAAAGAGAAACUUGCCAUGGAACUGUAUAGUUCCGUCCACUUUCUAGUUGAUACUAUUCCAGUGCCAAUCAACGUACGGUAGAAUCCAUAUCGAACCAACAGCAGGGGCUGCUGGAGGGAGAAUAUCCAAUCUCAGAUUUAACGAUCCAUGAUUCCUUUACUGUAUUAGAUCAAAGGCGUGCUGCCAAAUAAAACCACAGAUGCAAUAAACGACAGAAAAAAAGGAAACGACAGAGAUUCGGAAAAAAAGAAAAGCCUAAUUUACCAUCACUGACCAGCUGAACAGUAACAUGCAGUGCAUCGUAGUGGGCAUACUUUCAUAACAUAAUACGUAUACGUAUAUACGUAUAUAUAUAUACAAGAAACCCUCGCGGUGAUGUCCGAGUGGGCUGCGCGUCUGGGCGGGUGAUCGCGGUCUGAUCACCGGACCCCAAAUCCGGUGGUCGUUCCCGAUCGCGCCUCCGCCCUGGAUCAUCCCAACGAACGUUAACUUGUUGUCACUAUCAUUGAAGAAUUUCCGCCAACCCGACGACCACCCAGGUGUGGAGACCCCAAAGCCGCCGCAGGGCCAGCGGAGUACCUUUGCCCCGGGCUAGGUGCCACGGGGAAUUAGGCCCAUACUUACCUGCUUGGACAGCACGGACACAGCGGUUGGUGGCGUUGUUGGCGUCGUGGUCGCUCAGAAGAGGACAGCGCCGGCAGCAGGAGCUGCGGCGGAGACCACGUGGAAGCGCUUGGCAAGCCCCUGGGCAGCAUGGCCGGCAGUGGUGCAGUGCUUGCCCCAUACGUGCACAUAAAUGCCAGUAAUAUAACAUCACAUUUACAUGGCGUUCGCUCCACAACGACCACUCCCACGACACCGGCCACUAUCACAUUACAUCACUACACUCAUCAGUUGGCUUCACAACAUCGGCCUCGAGCAGGCUCGGGAUCAUGUCACCCAGCACAGACUUCAGAAGCCAUCGUUCUCUUCACUAUCGCAUUUCUCGGAGUUAGCGCCAACCUUUUCCUAAUGUCGCUCAUUCUGACUAAAAAAAGCCUGCGAAGAUGGUCUCAGGGCCUGUUGUUUCAUCAGGGUUUCGUUGACUGUGUACGGGCGCUCUUGCUUGUUCCAAUGGGCCUAUCCGUAUUGUUGUGCCAACGGUUACCUCCGUGCGCCCUGAUUGAGACCUGUUUCCUACUUCUAGUUACUGUGUCGACGGUCAAUCUGCUUGUGGCCGUCCUUAACGAUGUGCCAUUGCUACCUGAUCAGGACACGCCAAACUCGGUCAUCGAUUCCAGCCAGGUACUGUUAGAAAGUCCUCAGUGCAUCAUGUUUGGACUAUGCAUCAUCUGGUUUGCGGCAUUUACGGUCAAUCUCGGGCCGACAUUUCUAUCUGGUGCACUCUAUCAGAACCGCGACCCUGCUUUGCAUGGACUCGACGUCUGUCCUAUAGUUUAUGGGCCUGUACGGCACUAUGUGCUUAACAUCCUCUGGAUCGGUGUGAACCUUCUAUGCGUGGGUCUGAUGGGGGUUCAUCUUCGAAAACUGUUCAAAGACCUGCAUAAGGCGAGGGGCAACGUUGAUAGCCUGCGCAUCGCCAGCCUCGUCACGACGGUCAUCUCUAUGAGAACUGAUAACGUCGAACAAUGCAGUAGUAGCAGUGACUCGGUGCAGAAUUACAUUGGGCGACUAGAACGCGAAGGCAUCCGACGUGUGAAGAUGUUUGUCAUUAUGCUCAUCGCGUAUAUUGUAUUCUGGGGCCCGUUAUUCUCUGUAACACUGCUCCAGCCGGUAAACAUUGCGGGGUUAUCGUCAAAUAAUCUGUGGUAUCAAAUCAGUCUGCACGUGGCAUUCGUUCACUCAUUUGUCAAUCCGACGUUGUUGCUAAGUUUGCAUGGCGAACUACGCUCGGCCGCCUCAGGCUCGUGCCACACCAGUCACCCGGCCGAGUCACAGGAAGACUCGGACUAUAUCGGCUCAACGCAGUUGCCGCCCUACGGCGAUAUGGAGCCCGACCCUAUUCGGGCAAAAGCGAGCUACUUAUUGUCGGCGAUGACCAAUGGAGAUAUUGCUUCUAAAACGACCCUGUGACAGCUCGACGAGGGUGGGGUUCUGGGUCAAACUACCGCCCUCGAUCUCGAUGAUUGCUUGACCCUACCACACCAUCCUAUCACGACGAUACCCCAGCAGCAGCAGCAACAGUCAUCUCAUUUACAGACGUCGGCGUCGACGUUGUCGAGUGAUGUAGGCAUUAUUACGACGUCGGACAUUGUUCAGGGAAAUGGUACUGUCCUCUCGUGGUCCGGCCAGAUUCAGCCUCUCUCUGACCAGCAGCUGGUGAUUCCCAAUAGUACGACUAGAUCAAUGGGCAAGAUGCUGUCGUUAUCGCAAAUGUUGCCAAUACCCGACAUUAAUCAGUUUCACCUCAACGCCAUUUGUGAUGUCGAUGUGUUUGAAAUGGCUGCGAACGUAGCGGCUAGCGAUCCGAGCUUCAGCAAUCCGCCGACGAGCCAGCCGGACUCAAUAUGCUGAUUAAUGAUGAUGAGAUCGGAGCGCGAGCAACGCAUGCAUGUUAUUGGCCUUUAUCGACGGGGACAGAGAUAAAGAGCGGGAGAAAUUGUAACAACGACAUAUUACGGCGUUGCAAUACGGAAGCCCAGAGAUUUGCAAUGGUUCAGUGGUUUAAUAACAUGCGGUAAGGACACGAUCAGUCGCUUAGUCGGUCAGUAUUCUUCGUUAACAGUAUUCAGCUAACAGUAUCCUUAUUGUGAUGAGACGACGUCGCAAUAGAACGAACCGAUCGACUCAAGCGCGUACGAUGUGCUUAUGUGCGUUCUGAGCCCUGAUAAGGACACGUCCGUUUGAAGGUGUGCUGUUCGUUCCUCUGCAUGCCGAAAACUGGGGCAAAAACCCGAAGUGAAUUGAGGCCAGGGUCCGGACUGAUGGCUUUCGACUGCGGAUAAGCAGGAAAAAAACAAUUGUUUAUUCCUCGCUACAUCGUUCGCUGAUUUUCAUUGAUCUCUCAGUGUGGUUCGUUUAAAUUUGUCAAAAUUGGCCCACAUUAAAUAAGCUAAUACGGGGGUCGCAACGAACAAGAAUCUCUUCAUAUGUUAAUGACUCUUGAAGGGGCAAAUGGAGCAAUCCAGAUCUAAAUUGUCGUUGUAAUUCAUCUGAUAAUAACUUUUAGUAUUAAUAAAUCAAGAGACAAGAAGUGGCCGAAGCUGUCAAGAAACGAAAAGUGUAUACGAAAGUUGAACGUAAAAUCGGUAAUGACAGCCGCAGUCGAAGCUGUAACAAUGACUGGUUUGUUGACUAGCAGCUGAUGCCAUAUAACAAUGAUAAUACGCAUACAAGCUAAUAAGAAAGAUGUCGAAAAAAAAAAUACGGAGACAGUGAAGAAAAACUACAGACAGUGAUGUACCGAGUCUGUACGGAGGUAGAAAUAUACUUGAAUCCUGUUGUGUUUUAGCAUUACUACCAUUUUAAUACAAUAGUUACUUGAAAUGUUAUGAUGAUCUACUCUGCUCAUAUAGAUGUCAUUCUGCUUUUUUGCUCAACGAUAUUUGUUUAUAGAUGUGCGUUUUUCUAUACAUCGUGUAUCAAAUGAACCUUUUGGUGUUAACACCCAUACGCGGUCACGCACACACAAAUCAGACCAGCAGCGAUAGCAAAUGUUAUCAGCUAAAUAGCAAUACAUGUAGUAAACCAUCAAUCAUAACGCUCGUGACAGCUUUUCCAUAAACAUACCUUCAUCAAGUUUGAUUUGUUCUUAUUAUUGUUGUACAAAUGGCCAAUCAAAGCGGUUCACGUAUUCUAAAUUUCUCUCUACGGUACCAUAGUCAUCUUAUCGUGCUCUUUCUGAACCGCUAUCCACUCGACAGCCGAAAAACGAACUAAGUUGUUACCAUUUCUUUAUUAUAUUGAAGACGCCACCCCAUCGUCAGUACUAUUAUUAAUGUAAUUAGCUUGUUCGUAUCUAUUUUGCCAUGCGUACGUUUGUCACUGUACCAUUAUAUUAUGUCGCCGUCGUAUGUCGCAUUGUUCCGUAGCGUGUUAGCACGCUCAAACUGAACGCCCCUCAGGCAGCAUGCUGAGGUCCCCUAGGUGGGUUUCUCUUAUCUUAAGGGUCAGAGAAGCCCCAGAGGUGGCCCACUCCUUAAGGGACCAGCUCCGUAUCUGGAGCUCCCUUAUUCAGAUAAAGCCGUAGUAGACCAGGAGAAAGAAAGAAUAGAAAAACAAAAAGCCAAGCAAACAGAGACAGAGAGGGAGAGAGGGAAAGGGAGAGAAGGAGCCAAAGAGCUGAAAGUAACGACAAAGUGUAAAACGAUGGUCGGAGGUGAUCUCGUAAAUAUUUACUAUUACUGCAGAUGCACAUUGAAUGUCGUUCUCCUUUCUCCAAGAGUGACACCGAGCCAGCCAUAUUUUUCUAUUCUUAUGCCAUACUUUUGAAACAAAAUAUAUUAAUAGAUAUUUGAAAAAGGAGCCUGGCGCUUAAUGAUAUAUAUACAUACAUAUAUAUAUAUAGCAGACGACGACGUAAGUGUUGUAUUGAGGCUGGUUGACACAGAUAAAUAAUUAACAGAUGGUAAUGUUUUCUUUAACAAGGUCUUCCCUUUUGUACAUAUCUGUACAUAGCUGCAACUGUAUAAAAAUCACGGUGAAGCCAAAAAGAAGAGAACAGAACAAUUAUAAAUAAAGAUGAAAAACAUUAUAGACUAUAAACAUACAAAUCAAAAUGAAAGUCACUAUUAAAAAAAUUGUAUAAAGUGUGUAUAGCGUGUAAAAAUACUGGAACGGCUAAAAAUUCGAGAGUUAUAAUAAUAGUACACAAUUAAGAGAUAUACUAUAAAACGAUGCAAAAAAUAAUGAUAUAACAAUUAUUAUUAUCACAAAAUGAAAGUAAUCACACUAAGAACAGUCACAAACACCUAGAUAGUGUCAUUAUCGUAUACGUAACAUGUGACAAGACAAGAGCAAUGAUGAUACAAAAUACAAACGGCGAGAUUCUCUACCUGAAAUAGCUUGAGCGAAGAGACGAUGAUACAGAUCUUGCUCUGUGCCCGCCAGAGCGAGUGAAUGUAAUCGGAGUUUAUCUGAACUCGGCCUGGUGGCAUCUCCGUUUAUGCUAGUGUUAUACGCCACGUUCUGUAUGGCCAGCGCGUGUAGGUCAUACAUAGGGGAAACUUGAAACGCAGACAACGUGAAAAAUUGUCCUGAUAUCGAUGGAGCGAUAAGAUGCCUAACACACCGUCGAUUGACAGGAGAACGAAAUCGUGAAACCGUGUAUUCUCACCGAUAUUCUGCGACGUAACGUCUGCUCGUGCUGCCGUUUUUUUUUUUUGUUUAUUCGACUAAAUACGUUGUCUUUUGUUGGCUUCUAGGAGCUAUGCACCACGUGCUGUUAAAUGCAUACAUCUAAUUCGCUCAUUAAUUCGACUAAGCUGCAGUGUUUAAUUGUACGCUGGUUUCUACGCAGACGUGGCUCCGUUUAUAGAAUUCAUCUAUGAAGUGAUCUGAACCUACCAUCAACACCACACGAUCGAUAGCAUAUAAUUGUAGUAUAGAAUUGAAUACCCGCUGAAUACGUGAGCAGUCCGAUAGUCCAUAUAGUAAAUACAGACGAAACCCGAUGUACCUGAAUAAAUUAAGUCGCACCUAAUACCGAGCCAGCUCCUAUGAGACAACGCUGAAGCUGCGAAACUCUCACAUGAUCACAAAUAAUAUACGCCAAGAAGAUUUGAUUUUGUCUUUUACACCACAACGCGCAUUGUACACGGUCUUCACCUAAUAUCUAUUAAAUUUGAAGCCAGACAGGGAGCUCUUCAUAGACGAAGAAGAGUUUAUCUUUUAUAUUAGUAAUGUCGAUAGAAAUGGUCCAGCCACGAUAACCUGCCUACCUCCGUAUAAUGACUGCGCGUAAUCCUAAAUUAAUUGUCGAAUUGAUACUGUAAAUGACCGUACCAGGUUCUGUAAUAUAACAAGUGACGCAGAUAACGCAAAGGGCGAUGACUUAUUACGAGAUAAUGCCGUGAGAAGAUGGAACAAAAACAAGAACUUGAACGAAAACGAGAGGUAAUUAGGAGGGAAAAACACAGACCAGGAAAGAAGACAUUGAGAAUUGGUGGUUAUGGGGCUUCGUAAACGAGUUACGAGAAUUAUCUGUAUAUGAUAGAGAUAUAUAGAUAGGGAGAAAAUGGCAGUGAAAGAUAAUAAGUUAAAAAAGG